UGCAGGAGUCGGAGAUAGAACCACGGAGGCAACACGGCACGGCACGGCACGGCAGUUUGGAAGCCCUUUUCGGUCUCCCCAUCAAUCGCCCUCAAGCUCCAUCGCCAUGGAUGCCGCCAAAUGUUCCUCCCCGGCGACCCCUCCUUUGAAUCCACGAACCGCUAGCCCAGCGCCAGCCAACGACGACUACUUACGCGUCAGGCGACGGGCCCUCGAGGCCGUGCUAGAAAAUUGCAGGAGGGCCCUCGAAUUGCUCGAGAACCCCGACCUGGAUCCUGGUAUCUCCAUACCCGAAGCUCAGAACCCUUCCGCUCCGGCGGAUCAGGGGGAUAGUUCGCCGCGGCGAUCGCGAUCUGCCAUGGAUUUAGAAACCGAUGAGCUAUGUUCCCUCCUCAAAUCAAAGGUAGAAUCACCAAACUUCUUAGAAAAGCUUGGAAAUAUCCAGUCUUCAGUUUCUCAAAAUAUUCAAGAUGAUAAUGCAUCUUGGAACAUUAUUACUGCCACGGACUCAUGGGAAGAUAACCACAUUGAUGGGGACAAUGGCUCAGAUGAAGAUUAUGUUCUCGUGAGUCAAGAGGAUAUUGUUGACAGCAUAGCAUCUUUCAUGGCAGCUUACCUGUUAUCACUGAAGCAAACUAAAGAAUUAAGCCCCAAUCAACUUCAAGAAGCUCUUUGCAAAGCAUUUUCAGUAAAGAAGAGGAAGAGCAGACUCUGGAAGGCAUGGGAGGGAAGCCAAGUUAUUUACAAUGUUGCCUCUUGGGGUGCCACUGCCAUAGGGAUUUACCAGAAUCCAGCAAUACUGAAGGCAGCCACUGUUGCCUUCUGGUCUUCUUGCCGUGUUAUCUCAAAGUUACUUUAAGGCGAAUCUGGCACGUCCAUAAAAUGGAAUUUGACGUGGUGACAUCGUUUGUCAUCGCCAAAAUGGUCCGUACGAAGAAGACUCUGCAGACUUUAAUACGGCUAUUAUUGCUCUGCCACGGCUGGCAUCUAAAUCCACCGUCUGACAUGUAAUUAUUGUUUGUUGAAUGCACAGAACGGGAUGCUGGUGUUCAAUCGCUUCUCUUCUCUAUCAAAUUUGUUUUUCUAAAUGUAAAUGUCUUAUUCGUUUGUGUACAUAUGUAUAACAUUUGCAAUAUGUUAGGAACUUGAUCACA